AUGAAAAAUAGAGAGGUGCAGCUUAUGGUGUUUGCGUUCUGCAUUACUACUUCAUGUAUUAUCAUCUACCAUAACUGCUCCACGUCGUCUUAUCGAUUACAAACAGUCAUCAAAGGAAGAUUACUACCACAAAGAGCUGAUUUUUCAAAUGUGACAAAAAGAAAUGUCAACACUGUGAGAUAUAAUGUCACGACACAAACACCACCCGAACAGAAACCCACUCCGGCUCCGUUGCGCGGAUGGCAGAAAAAUGUAUCCUGGGUGCCAGGAGCUGAGCUGGAUAUAUAUGACUUUUUAAUCAAUCCUGUUGAUAAGUGCAACGCUGGAAAAGAUCAAAUCACAUUACUUGUCUUAAUCAAAUCAGCACCAGGUAAUACUGAACACAGGGAUGCUGCCAGACGGACGUAUAUCAGUGGGGCCGCGAAAUUUAAUGUGUCCACAAGGUUGCUAUUUAUCGUGGGAGAUUCCGAAGCACAAGACGAGAGGAAAAACAUUCAGGAAGAGGCCCGAAGACAUAGAGAUAUCCUGAAGGUGGGCUUCCACGACGGUUAUUACAAUCUCACCAUCAAACUGGUCAUGGGGUUUAAAUGGGCCUUGCAAUUUUGCAACAACAGUAAAUUCUUGAUGUCAAUGGAUGACGAUGUCAUGGUUGAUAUCGUGACCCUGGUCAACGAUCUCGAUGCUUUACCUUCGAAGGAUCAUUCUCAAUUCGUGCUGGGAUUUACGAAAGAGGGGGGUAGACCCAUUCGCAAGGUACAGAGUAAAUGGUACAUACCAGAGGACCUCUACCCAGGGUGA